AUUAUUUUUCGGUUGUAAAAUUUUUGGAGAACUCGAUGGCGCUUCUAAAAUAAAAAUAUUAUUUUAAAUUUGAACGUUAAGGCAAACGUCCUCAUAUAGUAUUAAAUAUACAAAAUUAUGUAAAAAAGAAAAACUCCUCAAAGUUGUUGUUAUUUAAUCGAGUCGAAUUUGGCGGUUUCUUCACUUUGUGCACAGAAAAGGUUUAAGGGUUGAAUCAGGGGCACAUUUUUAACUGUUAACGAAUUGCCUUGGUAACAAUGCAGUACAAAUGCAACAACAUAAGGUCAAUCAACAUUGUCUUAAUGCGAUUGAAACAAUUUGUAAUUAUUUGCUUGUCCAUAGUCAAAUGUGAGUAUUUGUUGAAGAAUGGAGGAUUAUGCACCAAGUCGUUUCAAAAUGUUGGAGAAGAUUGGUGAAGGAGUGCAUGGCUAUGUCUUUAAAGCAAUCGAUCUGCAACGACAAAAGCCCGUAGCUAUUAAAAAGGUUGCAUUGAAAAAUAAAUUUGGAAAUAUUUCACUUAAUACUUUGCGCGAAAUAAAAACAUUGCAACUAUGUCAAUCGGAAUAUAUAGUAUCAAUUAUUGACAUAUAUCCAGACUUAACCGGACUGUCGUUAGUAUUGGAAUAUAUGCCAGAAACUUUAUAUGGAAAACUGAGAAACGAGGUCGAACCACUAAGUAGGCAGCAAAUUCGUAAAUUUACAUUAAUGAUGCUUAAAGGAAUCGAAUAUCUACACAAUAUGGGUAUCAUGCAUAGAGAUAUAAAACCAGCCAAUCUGCUUCUAAGCGAAGAUGAAAAACUUAAAAUUGCUGAUUUUGGUUUAGCUCGUUUACAUUUUCCAAAAGAUGAAAAUAAAGUAUAUUCACCUCAAGUUUCUACGCGCUGGUAUAGAGCUCCGGAGAUAUUAUGGGGAAGUCAAAAGUAUGGUCCAGCUGUGGACAUGUGGGCAGCAGGCUGUGUGUUUGCGGAAAUGCUGAGAGGAGUGCCACUAUUUUCUGGAGCAACUGAUAUCGAGCAAUUGGCACUCGUAAUAAGAACACUGGGUAGCCCCAGACUCAAUGAAUGGCCAGAUAUUAAUUUAUUACCUGAUUACGACAAAAUUCGAUUUCCAAAGGCAGUUGGAAUUCACUGGGAUAACCUUUUUCCUAGUUGCACACACGCGGUUGAAAUAAAUUUGGUAUCGAACUUAGUAGUGUAUAAUCCGAAGAACCGCCUAACAGCAACCGAAGCAUUAAGUCAUGAUUACUUCCAAUGAGCUCAGAGGAUUUUUAGUUUGCGAAUAGCGCAACUAUAAUAAGCAUACAUACAUAUAUUAUGUAAAUAAACCAUACAUAAAAAUACAA